AUGGUUGUUCUGAGACGAUCGCUGAUAAGUUCGUUGGAACAGAUUCCAAGGGCAGCUCCGGAUAGAAUAUUAGGGCUCACGGAGCAGUUUGCUAGAGAUACGAGACGUCAGAAAGUUAACUUGACAGUGGGUGUCUAUAAGGAUGGCUGGGGUCAGGUGACUACCUUCCCUUCGGUUGCUAGGGCUCAAAAGCUCAUCGAUUCAGACUUUGAGCUAAAUACUGACCUGUCUUACCUGCCGAUAACUGGAUGCCCCGAGUAUAGCUCUGCAGUUCUGUCGUUUUUGUUCGGAGAGUCUUGUCCUCAGGUUGGACCUCGUUUGCUGGAGGAGGGACGUGUGAGUUUUGCACAGACUUUAAGUGGGACAGGAGCUUUGGCUGUAGCUUCUAAGUUGCUGGCUUUGUUCUUGUCAAGGACAGUAUGGAUUUCUGAGCCUUCGUGGCCUAACCAUCAGAAUAUUUUCCGCAGUAAUGGGUUUACUGACUUGAGAACAUAUCCUUACUACCAAAAUGGAAGGCUAGUGGUUGAUGAGUGGCUUGAAAAGCUUAAAACAGAAGUCCGCAAGGAUCCUGAAACGCGGCAUUCUAUUAUCUUGCAUGCAUGCUGCCAUAACCCUACAGGGUUGGAUCCUACCCGUGAAGAAUGGGUCAGGAUUCUAGAUACAGUACAUGAAUUGGGCAUGAUUCCAAUCCUAGAUAUGGCAUACCAGGGAUUAGAGUCUGGUAACCCUCCGGCAGAUGCAUAUGUGCUUCGUAUGGCGCUCGAUGAGAAACGGUACAAGUGCUGGCCCAAUGGGCUGUUCGUGUGCCAGUCGUUUGCGAAGAACAUGGGUCUUUAUGGUGAAAGAGUGGGCUCCUUGAGUGUAGUAACGCCUCCUGCAAAACCACAUGUCAGAGAACAUGUGGAUUCUCAAUUGAAACAAAUUGUGCGUAGUAUCUACUCCUCACCACCAGGUUAUGGAUCGCGAGUCGCUACAAUGGUUCUUUCAAAGUCAUUUCUGCGGAUGCAAUGGUACAAGGACGUGGCGUUCAUGACAGAAAGAUUGUCACAAGUGCGUCAUAAUAUGCAUAAUCUGCUCAAAUGGCCAGGUCUAAUGAAUUUUCAGCAACAGCAUGGAAUGUUUUACUAUACUGGACUGAGCCCAAAGCAGGUUGAUGUUUUAAGAGAUAAAUACUCCAUUUACAUGACCAUGGACGGUAGACUGUCAUUAAGUGGAGUUAAUGAUCACAAUAUUGAUUACGUUUGCGAGGCCCUGGAUGCAGUGUCCAAGAUUCCUCGCUGA